AUAAUUAAGUAUAGAUUAAGUAAUGAUUGAAAUACUUUAAGGAAUAAAAUGAAAUUUUAUUUACAGAGACAAUUCAUAUUAUACAUCAAAACAUUUUUGAAAAUUGAGGUAGUGGUAUAUAGUGAAAAGAGCAGUGAAUGAAAUCUGUGUAUAGUGGUCCUGGUUCUCCUGCAUAAUAGCCUUGUGACCUGGGCAGGAUGACAAUGACUUGGAGUAGUUUUCUAAUCUGAGAAUAAUAACUAUAAAGCUUACUUCACAUGACUGCUGAAGGAUGAAAUAUUAUAUAUGAAAGUACUUUAAAAAUAGAAAACACUCUAACUAUAAAAAUGGUGCUAUUAUUACAUGUUUUGCUAAAGAGCUCAUUUUAUAAAAUCCUUGUAGGGUAAAUGAGAAAGGGCUGUGUGCCUCUUUCUCAUGUUGUGGUGUGUUCUUCAGAAGGAAAAAGGAUCUUAAGAUUAGUGUAUAAUAAGUGAGUGGUUUGUGUUGGUGACAGUUUUCAAAACCAUUCAGGUAAGCAAGUAAAUAAAUUUUAGCCAGCGUCUGGGAAGAAGGAUGGAAUGAAAAGCUGGAAAAGAUAAUAGAAAAAUAAGUUAAAUUCUUUUACAAGAAUUUGAACUCAAAAAGAUUGUCCCAGAUGUUGGAAUUUAAUAAUGUCAAAUGUUGCUUGCAUUAAGCCUUAUUUUUGGAAUUUGAGUUUAUUCCUUUGCCACUUUAAUCAGCUGUAUUCUAUCUGGAGUAUAGACUCUAUCACUAGAGUGUAUUUUCAAGGAGAAUUGUGCUUCAGCCUGUUGUGUAGUUCAGGCCUGACUGAAACUGAUGCAGAGCCUGUACAAAGAAGGAGGUGGAUUCUAGAUGGGUUAGGAGAUUACAGGUAGAGUAUAGGAGAUAAGAAACAAAGGGAAUCUAUGAAGGCUAGCUUGAGCAACUAGAUAAGAGGCAUCUACUAAACUAAGGAACAUUUGAGAAGCAGUAGAUGUGUGGAAAAGAAUAGGAGUUUGGUUUUGGAGAGUUAUGCUUGUGUAUAAGACAGUCUACUUGUACGGAUGUGUAUCAAGCAACAUAGUAUAGAUGUUUAAAUCAUGCGUAUUUUGGAGUCCAGAGACUGGGUUCACCAUUUACUUAGCUAUGUGACCUUAAACAGGUUACUUCACCUUCUUUUAAGUCUUUGUUUUCUCAUCUAUAAUUGAGACAAUAGUAAACUCUCAAAAGGUUAUUAUAAAAAUUAAACAUAAUAAUAAAGUGUUUAAACAUAGUACUUGGCACGUAGUACCAAACAGAUUUUGGUUAACAGUAAAACUUUGCACUCAAAUGUGUAGAGUAAGAUGGAAAGACCAUUAAAUGGAUGAUCUUCGUUUGAUAUAAGUUGCGGAUCUAUUUUAAAAGUUUGGCAUUCGUUUUGCAUAGCAUAUUUACAACACAAUUUCUUAUACUGUAGAUAUUAAUCCAAAACAUCUUUCAUUUUUGGACAAUCUUUUAAAAAUAUGACAUUAAUUUCUCUACCACUUUACUGACAAUGGCAAGUGUGACUUGCUCCAAGCCAUCUGCUUUGAUUUGGGAAGCAGCCUAUUUACAUUUGGUACAUUUUGGUGAAUGAUAGCAGAGAAAACUUUACCUGGAAGGCCUAUGUCCUUCUGGCACAGCAGAGUAGAAGAGGUGUGAAACUGCAUAUUCUGAAUAGCAGUUAGGCAGAUGGAAGCCUGGUUGAAAGCAUUAGGAAUGGGAUGUCCACAAGGCAAUCUCUGAGGCUAGAUGUGGGAGGAAGGAUAGGUUAUACCACUAAAAUGAGGCUCUCACUGACUUAGAUCUUUAUCUCUACUCAAAUUCCUGAAGCCUAAACCCCUUUUCAUUAAUCUUCUCUCUAGUUCUGUUGGAUUCUGCUCCCACCGCAAGAGAAAUAAAGACUUAGCGUAUCAAGUUAAACCAUGAAUAAAUUUUCCUGUAGAACUAUUUAUUGUUAAAUAUAGCAGUUAGGUUUCAAUAUAAUACUAUUCAUUUGAUAAGUUACUGAUUAGAAAGUUUUUUGAGCUAACUUGGGGAACUAUAACCUCAUCCUUAUAAUAGUUCUCAAGUAUAUUACGUUUUUUAAAUAUGGAAAAUGUGUCACAUGUCCUCAUUUCCAGAGCAGAACCUGAAUGUCCUCAAAUUAUUGCAUGUUGCUGUUUUUUUCAGGCUUCAGUAAUCUUAAAUCAUUUUUCUCUUGUAGCAUCUUAAACUUCUGCUGUUUAGAAUUAGCAUAUAAUUAAUUAUCUGGUCAUGUUGAGAACCUGAAUGACUCAGAUGCCUACUGGAGAGACAUCUGCUUAAUUGAGGAAAAGAACUCAUCAAUCACCAAAUCACACUCUUACUUCCUCUUACAGGGCUACCUCACUGCUUUAAGAUUAGAUUCUUUUUUGUUUAACUACCAAAUCAAUGUGGUAAUAUCCUAACUACAGGUGUAUUUAGAUGGAAGACAGUUACUAUAAUACCUUAGAAAAUCGAGAAGUAAUCAACUAUUUCUUACUAACUACCUGUCUAAAAAUGGCUUCAGGUGAAAAAUACUUUAAAAGGCGUUUUGAAAUACAUACUGUCUAAAAUCCUUUGGUAAUUUGUUGUAGCCAAACAGUUCAAAUAAUUUUAAAAUAUGUAAUAUAAACUCAUUUACAAAAUUGGAGAAAGGUAAAAAAACACCUGAAUAAUCUUGUUAUUUUAGCAUCUAUUACAGUUCUGAUAUGUUUCUAUAUUGUUCUUUAUCACAUACACAUUUGAAAUAUUAAUUCAUUUAACAAAUAUGUGUUGAGUGCUGGUUUUGUCAGGCGCUGUCCUAGGCACUCAGAGGUACAGCAGUUACAAUGUCUGGACUCGGAAACUUACGUUCUACAUAUAAGAAACAGAAGGAGAAUAUAUUAAAAUGUUUAUGCGAGGUCGGCCAAUUACAAUGUUCAUUCCUUCUGAUGUUGACAACUAUGAUGACAUCAGAACAGAACUGCCUCCUGAGAAGCUCAAACUGGAGUGGGUAUAUGGUUAUCGAGGAAAGGACUGUCGAGCUAAUGUUUACCUUCUUCCUACCGGGGAAAUAGUGUAUUUCAUAGCAUCAGUAGUAGUACUAUUUAAUUACGAGGAGAGAACUCAACGACACUACCUGGGUCAUACAGACUGUGUGAAAUGCCUUGCUAUACAUCCUGACAAAAUUAGGAUUGCAACUGGACAGAUAGCUGGAGUGGAUAAAGAUGGAAGGCCUCUGCAACCCCAUGUCAGAGUGUGGGAUUCAGUUAGUCUAUCCACACUGCAAGUUAUUGGACUUGGAACUUUUGAGCGAGGAGUAGGAUCCCUGGAUUUUUCAAAAGCAGAUUCAGGUAUUCAUUUAUGUGUUAUCGAUGACUCCAAUGAGCAUAUGCUUACUGUAUGGGAUUGGCAGAAAAAAUCAAAAGGAGCAGAAAUAAAGACAACAAAUGAAGUUGUUUUGGCUGUGGAGUUCCAUCCAACAGAUGCAAAUAUCAUAAUAACGUGUGGUAAAUCUCAUGUUUUAUUCUGGACCUGGAGUGGCAAUUCACUAACAAGAAAACAGGGAAUUUUUGGGAAAUAUGAAAAACCAAAAUUUGUGCAGUGUUUAGCAUUCUUGGGGAAUGGAGAUGUUCUUACUGGAGACUCAGGUGGAGUCAUACUUAUAUGGAGCAAAACUACUGUAGAACCCACACCUGGGAAGGGGCCUAAAGGUGUUUAUCAGAUCAGCAAACAAAUCAAAGCUCAUGAUGGCAGUGUGUUCACACUUUGUCAGAUGAGAAAUGGGAUGUUAUUAACUGGAGGAGGGAAAGACAGAAAAGUAAUUCUGUGGGAUCAUGAUCUGAAUCCUGAAAGAGAAAUAGAGGUUCCUGAUCAGUAUGGAACAAUCAGAGCUGUAGCAGAGGGAAAAGGAGAUCAAUUUUUAGUAGGCACAUCACGAAAUUUUAUUUUACGAGGAACAUUUAAUGAUGGCUUCCAAAUAGAAGUACAGGGUCAUACAGAUGAGCUUUGGGGUCUUGCCACACAUCCUUUCAAAGAUUUGCUCCUGACAUGUGCUCAGGACAGACAGGUGUGCAUGUGGAACUCAGUGGAACACAGGCUGGAAUGGACAAGGCUUGUAGAUGAACCAGGACACUGUGCAGAUUUUCAUCCAAGUGGCACAGUGGUGGCCAUAGGAACGCACUCAGGCAGGUGGUUUGUUCUGGAUGCAGAAACCAGAGAUCUAGUUUCUAUCCACACAGACGGGAACGAACAGCUCUCUGUGAUGCGCUACUCAGUAGAUGGCACCCUCCUGGCUGUAGGAUCUCAUGACAACUUUAUUUACCUCUAUGUAGUCUCAGAAAAUGGAAGAAAAUAUAGCAGAUAUGGAAAGUGCACUGGACAUUCCAGCUAUAUCACACACCUUGACUGGUCCCCAGACAACAAGUAUAUAAUGUCUAACUCGGGAGACUAUGAGAUAUUGUACUGGGACAUUCCAAGUGGCUGCAAACUAAUUAGGAAUCGAUCGGAUUGUAAGGACAUCGAUUGGACGACAUACACCUGUGUACUAGGCUUUCAAGUCUUUGGUGUCUGGCCGGAAGGAUCCGAUGGGACAGAUAUCAAUGCUCUGGUGCGAUCCCACAACAGAAAGGUGAUAGCUGUUGCUGAUGACUUUUGCAAAGUCCAUUUGUUUCAGUAUCCCUGCUCUAAAGCAAAGGCUCCCAGUCACAAGUACAGUGCCCACAGCAGCCAUGUCACCAAUGUGAGUUUUACUCACAGUGACAGUCACCUGAUUUCAACUGGUGGAAAAGACAUGAGCAUCAUCCAGUGGAAACUUGUGGAAAAGUUAUCUUUGCCUCAGAAUGAGAUUGCAGCAGAUACUACUCUAACCAAAGCCCCCAUCUCUUCCCGUGAAAGUGUCAUGCCGUCUGAGACUCCCACACUGCCUCCUUCCCAGCCCUUAAAUGAGACAGCUGAAGAAGAAAGUAGAAUAAGCAAUUCUCCCACGCUUCUGGAGAAUAGCCUGGAACAGACUGUGGAGCCCAGUGAGGACCACAGCGAGGAGCAGAGUGAAGGGGGCAGCGAAGACCUUGGUGAGCCUGUUUAUGAAGAGCCAGCCAAUGCGAUAAGCGAGGAGCAGAGUGAAGCUGCUGUUACCGAGGACCAGCAAGAUCCUGCACCCCUAUCCUAACACCAGGCCUUCAGUGCGACGAUCUUUUCUCUUUCAACUGCAUGUGAUCUUGUGAUAGAGUUCAGAUAACAGGCCGGGAAGUGAUGGAGAAUGACUAUUGAUCAAGAUUUUGGUUUCCACAUGAUUUGUUUUCUUCAGUAGUCUUAUCUUCCGUCUCAAAUGCAGCUGGCCUAAAGGUUCAGUUUGGUGUGUGUUGAAAAUUAACCAAACUUAAUAGUAGGAAAAGACUGAAGCAUUAAUUAUGUCUCAGAAAUUACUGUGUGUGUAAGUGGUAUGGUGUAAAUACUGGAACAAAAGCGGCAGUUGUAUAGAUUUACGAUAAACCCCUUGUUAUCUGAACAUAUUUUCUUCAGGAACAACGAGAGGCACCACAAACACUGUUACUCAUCUACUGGCUCAGACUGUGCUACUUUGUUUUUCCUGAGGCAGAAAAAGAAAUCAGAAAAAAAAAAAAAAGCUAGCUCUCUUACUGAGAUACCCUCCCAUCCCAAAUGUCUAGUGGAAAUUUUUUAGUUAAGAAAAACUUCAGUAUUGCCAUGAGCAAUGGUGUUGCCUUCUUGAAUACCAGUGCCGUUUCUCACACUACCGAUAGCUGUCCAGGUGUGCUUGUUAGUUUACUGUCUAGGUGCUGCCUUUCCUAAGUCAGGGUGAGGAACAGUCCCGUAAUUUUUUGUGUGCAAAUCUGUUCUAUCUUAGAACUAAGAAAGCAGUGGUUUGUUAAAGAGCUUUUAAUGUAUAUUAAACCAUUGAUACUCAGAAAUAAUGGAUUCCUGCAAGGAUUCCUUUACUGGCCUAAACAUUUUCUAAUGUUUGGCAUUCAAGUGAAUGGAAGGAAAAAGACCGCAUGCCUAUAAAACUAGACUGUAAUAAUUACUUGGCUAAUUUUAGCUUAGCCUUCAUCAUUAUUUGUUCCCUCAAUAAUAGGAGAAAUAUAAAUACAGUUAGUUUAAAUGAUUGAAUUGGUGCUUGAAAUUCAGUGGUUUAGUUGUAAUUUUUAUACGGAUUAAUUCUAUUGAGGGAUAAGAUACUCAGCAAAUUGCAAAUUCUUUUUUACAGAAGUGUGAAUAACAGUCACAGUAAUUUUUUAUAAAUUGCAUACUUAAUAGACUUGCUAUAUAUGGUAAUUUUUCUCUGGUGGAGUUGCUAUAAGCCUUGCAAUUCUAAUGUGGCUAUCCUCUGCUAUUUUGGGCAAUGCAUGUAUUAUGCAUUGGAUAGUUGUUUUUUUAAGUUUUAUCAGAUGACUAUGUUUUUCUUAAGUACAUGUUUCCUACUUUAAAAAUAAUUACUGACAAAUAUGCAUUUCCUAUAUAUUUGUUUAUACUUUGAUUAUAAAAAAAACUUUCUGGUUUAUUUUUUAACUUGCUGCAUUGUUUUGAUAUCCUUUUUUUUGGUUAGAUGUUUAGAAACUUUGGAUGAGUUCAGAAGUCUUAAGUAUGCAAGUGUUUACGUGAUUGUGCCAUUCCAGAGUGCAUCAGAACUGUCAUUCCCUUCUAGUAUCUUCUCAGGAGUAAUACAAAUCAGGUAUUUCAUCAUCAUUUGGUAAUAGACAAACUCCAGUGAACUCCCUAGGACACCCACAACGUUUAUAUUCACAUGCUGUAUGUAAGGGUGUGGGUAUGUGUGAAGAGGUGAGUGCAGACCCUUACUCUGUGUUUGUGUGUAUCUCUAUAUAAGAAGAUACGCGCCACAUUGAAAAUACUCAGUGUAUAAUCUCUAUGUGUAUAGAUAUAUGUCCAUGUAUAUCUCUUUCCUUUUGUUUACAACUGUUCAAAAAAAAAAACCUCAACAUAGUUCUCUUCAAAAGAAGAGAGAGAGAUUCCAAGCAACCCAUCUUUUUUCAGUAUGUUCUGUACAUAAUUAGCAGAGAGCAUCAGUAAGCAUCAGGCAUAUGUAUCUGCCUAUUAGCAGCGGUGGUUAAAUCAUCAGGUCAGCAUGUGCUACUCCCUGCAAGAAAAAUACUAUGAGAUGAAAAGUAGUUCUAGGAGAAAAAAAAAAGCAUUUCUUUAAGUGAGGGAUACAGCUCUCCCUAAGAAGCAGGGAGUUUAUUUUGGGACAUCAGUUACCUUUGGGGUUGCUGUGUACAGUGAUUUAUAAUCGUGAUACUCUUGGGUGGUAGUUUCAAAAGACACUACUAAUAUGCAGAAAGCGUUCCAGUGCUCUAUUGCUGGCAACUACUGUUUAACAGUCAAUUAAAUCUGUGAUAAUUGUUGGAAGUGGGUGGGAUUAUGAAAUUGUAGGUGUUUUUAGAAAAACUUGUGAAUGAAAAUGAAUCCAAGUGUUUCAUGUGAAUGUUGAGCCAUUUCUAUCAUGCAUUCCUGUCUCAUGGCAGAAAAUUUUGAAGAUUAAAAAAUAAAAUAAUCAAAAUGUUUCAUUUGUUUCUCUAAA